AUGGAAACAUGGUCAGUUGAGCAGGUCUGCAGUUGGUUAGUAGAGAAAAAUUUAGGAGAGCUAAUUCCUAGGUUUCAAGAGGAAGAAGUAAGUGGAGCUGCUCUUCUAGCACUUAAUGAUAGGAUGGUUCAACAACUGGUGAAGAAAAUUGGACACCAAGCUAUUCUGAUGGAUUUAAUUAAAAAAUAUAAGCAGAGCAGUCAAAACCUAGAAUCUUCUGGAAGCCUGGGAGAGCCAACCUUGGCCACCCCAACUGACCCAGUCCCUGAUUUCAGGGAGGAACAGUUUCAUAGUCCAGCCGGCCACAAAGAGAAGGUGCCAUUUCCCUACCCAGCUGAAAGCUUUGAUAAUGGACGAAUUGAUCAAAGGGUAUUAAAACAGAGAAGAAAUGUGAAACAGGUUCUAGCAAGGAAUAAAGCAUUACAAUGGACCAAGUCCUACAUUUUACCUGAGUUUCCCUACGAUGUCAGAUGCAUGCUAGCGGAGCAGCAGUGUCCGGAUCAUAGCAUGAGGAUACGGAUCAUCGAAUUUCUCCAGGCUGACAUGACUAAGUACUUGGAUGGCUCACUGUAUCCCACUACCCAGCAGUACAAUGAUGUGGUCAAUGCCUUACUGCAGGCCCAUCCUUUCCUGGAUGAGGAUGGUUGUGGCUUUUUUUUGUGGAAACGAGCCCUCAAAGAUCGUUUUAAAUAUGUUCGAAGGCCUAUAGAAGAUGAUGAACAAGUAAUGAGAAAUAAGCACAAAUUUGGACACCGAAGAGGCCAGACAAGGAAAUGCCUUGCUGAUAGAAGAUUUGAUGAAGUUAAUAUUGUACAGAUAAAAGAAGAAUCUGUUUGUUUAGAUUCUGAGGUAAAUGAACACAUUAACUGGCUCCAGCAAGAAUAUGUGAAAACAGAAAAGAACUGGAGAGAAAUUGACAAGAGGAUGAGCCAGACUUUGGAAAUCAGAAGAAAGAUGAUUGGCAGGAGAACACCUUUGAAGACUAUUCUUAAAAUGUUUCCUUUUUUGAAAUGCCCUUACCAGAUGUUCAGAGAAUUCCAGCUUCUUACAAGAACAGAUAUUUGUAAGAAAACACGGCAUAUUUUGGAAUCCUAUUCAGAAAAUGUACUGACUGCUUAUUCAGUGGCAGACAAUCCAAUCAACAUUGCAUUACAAGAAAAAAUGAAGCAGUAUACAGAUGAAGACAUGCUGAAAUAUAUGAAGAUGACAGCCACCUGUUUACUCCUCCCUGAUGUUUUUGGAGAUGAUUCCAGUCUUUUUGUUGUUGUGAACGAGAAGGUACAAGUGUCCACACCUGUGCUGGAAGUUAAAAACCCUUUCAAUAUCGAUGUUUGUGAGUUUUCUUUAUAUUUGGACAAAGAGAAGCUGACCCAAGUGGAUGACUGUGUCACAGCCUUGGCUGCACUGGUGGCUGCCUUUCAUGUGUUUGGGAUUGAGUGUCCAAGAAGAGUAUCACAAACCCUCAACUUCCUAGAGACUUUGAUCUUUGAUAUGCAUAGCCCCUAUUUUCCUUUUUCCAAAGAAAAGGAAAAGGAAAUAGGAUCUCAACCCUCAAUUACUUAAUAGAAGCCAAAUAUCAUAUCUGAAUGUAA